AUGCAGAAGCUCCUUCCGUCCCACAAGACAGCCCAUUCAAGUCACAUGCCAGAGGUCUCGGCAGAAUGGGCUGCAGCUGCUUCAAAUCUGCUGUCUAACAUCAGAAGCAGUUGGACAAACUGUGCCGUACUGACUACAGUCACGCUCCCCGGCGCCGAGGAAGACAGGGAAAAGAUCUGGGAUCCCAGCACUAUGUUCUCAGAGGAUCUGUGGCUGGAAAAUGAGAAAAGCUGUGCCGUUGUUCACAAGUCGAAGCGAGCAAGGAAGCGCCAAGAGCUCCUGGCCGUGGCCCUGGGGGUGAAGGUGGGAGUCAAGGGGGCACUUUUGUGGCAACCUCUGAAACUCUUUGCCUAUUCACAGAUCACCUCCUUGGUCAGAAGAGCAGCCUUAACUCAAAACGACAACCACUUCAACUAUGAAAAAGCACACAAUUUUAAGGUCCAUACAUUUCGAGGUCCACACUGGUGUGAAUACUGCGCCAACUUCAUGUGGGGUCUCAUCGCUCAGGGAGUGAGGUGUUCAGACUGUGGGUUGAACGUACAUAAGCAGUGCUCCAAAUAUGUGCCCAACGACUGCCAACCAGACCUCAAGAGGAUAAAGCGAGUCUACUGCUGUGAUCUCACCACACUAGUGAAAGCCCACAAUACCCAGAGGCCGAUGGUUGUGGAUUCAUGCAUUCGAGAGAUCGAAGCAAGAGGUUUAAAGUCCGAGGGCCUCUAUAGAGUCUCAGGCUUCACUGAGCACAUUGAAGAUGUGAAAAUGGCGUUUGAUCGAGAUGGCGACAAGGCUGAUAUUUCUGCCAGUAUUUAUCCGGACAUAAACAUCAUUGCUGGAGCACUGAAACUAUACUUCAGAGACUUACCCAUUCCUGUGAUCACCUAUGACACCUAUUCCAAGUUCAUAGAGGCAGCAAAAAUCUCCAAUCCUGAUGAACGACUAGAAGCAAUACAUGAAGUGUUGAUGUUACUCCCUGCUGCUCACUACGAGACACUCAGAUACCUAAUGAUUCAUCUCAAAAAGGUUACCUUGCAUGAAAAGGAUAAUUUUAUGAAUGCUGAAAACCUGGGAAUAGUGUUUGGGCCUACUUUAAUGAGACCUCCAGAGGACAGUACUCUUGCUACGCUGAACGACAUGCGGUACCAGAAGUUAAUUGUGCAGAUCUUAAUAGAAAAUGAAGAUGUUCUCUUUUAGACAGAGAGAGGAAUAUCUUCAAAGCCAUUUGUUUUAAAACGAUUAGUUUGAAGGAGAAACAUUUCUUUGAAUUUUUUUAAACAGAAAGGAGAAAGUUCCUUGACUGCACUUCAAUUUCUGCAAAGUUGCAGAUGGAUGCCAAAAUGUUUAGGGAAAGCCUAUGUCUCAUAGACAUAUGCCUCUUUGUAGAAGGGGGGGGAAAAAGGUCAGAAAAAAUCCUUUUACCUUGUAUCUUUUGCCUUGCGCCAGAUGUAUAUUUGUUUUGAGAAGUUGCAAACAAUUUUAUUGUUAACUUAUUAAGAAACAUAAAACGUAUUUUAAUAUGGCUAGAGAAGCAAAAAGGUACUUAAUCAGUGUUACUUGUAUACGCCUAUACAUUUCCCUUUCCAUAAGACAUAAUUAUAUAUGUCAAUUGUGAAACAGAAUCUAUAUUAUAAAGAUAUUUUUACUUUACCUAGCUGAAAAAAGCAGCAUUUUAUUUUAGCAAACUAAUAAUCAAUGCGGUGCAUUGAUUAUUUUCCACAUAAUUCUUUCUUGCAUUUCUGCUAUGAUAUAUUGAAAACAAUUACCACUAUUGCAGUAUUAUCCUGACAUACCUCUUUUAUUAGGAGUUUUUUGUUUUCUUUGUAUAUUCCAGCUUUUCUUAA